AUGGAUAAUAUUACAAAUGUUGAAAAGGCAGAGGUGCACUCAAGUAGUAUUGAUCGAAUGCUAGAUGAUAUGAUGAUACCAUCUGGUGAAUGCGAUACUCCUCCGACACCAGUGCUACCGUGGUGGUUUACACCAGAGUGUGAAAGUCAGCUUUUGGCAGCAGCUGAACCACCUAUAAUCCAAAUACCUUUAAGCAUAACAUCAACCCUAUCUGCUCUUGCACCACCACUUCCACCAUCAUCAUCGUCAUCAUCGACUCAUCUUCAGCCGUCACAAACGGUAGCACCAUCACAACGAAUGACCUCACCAGAGAUCACACCACAAUCUCCCGAACAAGUCAAGCUCCAACUUAAAGCCCAGCUUGAGUAUUAUUUUUCAAGGGAAAAUUUAAUGACUGACAGGUUUUUGCGUUGUCAGAUGGAUAAUGAUCAGUACGUACCUAUACGAAUUAUCGCUAAUUUUCCGAAGGUCAAACGCCUUACCAGUGAUUACAAUUUGGUUGUGAAAGUUUUGAGAGAAUCGUCCCAAGUACAAGUUGAUGAAAAAGGACAACGGGUACGAGCCGUUUCUAAGCGGUGCACUAUUAUUCUUCGUGAAAUUCCUGAAUCUACUGAUGAAAAGGAGGUGGCUUCGAUGUUCGUUGGUGGGCCACCUUAUUUAAGUCUUCAAUACGGUCUCAAUAACAGCUGGUAUGUAACUUUUGAAUCAGAGGAAGCUACAGAGCGCGCAUUCCUUCAUUUGCAAAACCUUGGCAAGACUUUUAACAAUAAGCCAAUCUGUGCACGGAUAAAAACAGGUGGGGCACCAUAUUCAGAGCCAUUGAAUCUCAUGUCAGGUCGAUCUCCCUCUAAAGUAUCUUCGGAGACUCUGGCAGACCCUAUUGUUCCUUUAUCCAUCAUGCCUGCUACUCCCCCAUGUUCAUCAGAUAGUUUCGAUUUGGGUCAAAUUUUGGCCAGCUACGGGUAUGUUCCAUGUGCAACUUUUAAGCCAGGUGCUACGGUUGUUCACAUAGCUUCUACAUCCUCUUCAAUGGGAAAUCAAAAUAUGAAUCAUCAGCGAAUGCGAAGUUCGAGUAAUGUCAGGCAGACUAAUCUUAAUUUUAGAGGUUCAAAUUCAAGAGCAAGAGGGAGUUACAUGUAUAAUCAACGAAUUUGCAACAGUAGUUAUCGCGAUUUUAAUGCGAAUAGUGAUUAUCAAUGUGUAAGUGACCGCCGUAAUAACAAUAACCGUGGAGACCUUAGUCGAGAUGCAUAUCGAGAGAAAAAUAAUGAUUCUCUUAUUUAUGUUCGUUAUCGAGGUCGACAAAAUCGUCUGAAUAAUUAUUUCGGUACUGUGCGAAGUCGAACAGUGGCUGAGUCUCAGAAAAGCAUACAAAAUGAAAAUGUACUACAUCGCUUUGAUUAUGAUCAGUCAUUUGGACGAAAUAUAAUGGCAAGGCAACAACGAAAUAAGCAAAAAGAUAUGCUGUCGCCUGGAAUUUGGAAGAGUAAAUGUAUGUUACGUCCACCUACAGCGAAUAUUCUACCAGACGAAAGUAAAAGAAAUGACGAGCAGCAAAAUUCUGCUAGAGAAAUUAGCGACAACGAUUCUAAACCAGAAACGAGUAGUUCUAAAAAAACAGACGAUACAGAGUAUAGCUUUGAAGAGGGUGCUUUCCCAUGUCUUUCUGAAGAAAUGUCACGGAAAAUGGAGAUGAAAAAAGAGCCUGAGAAGUUGUGCGAGAAGCCAACCUUUAGUUCAGUUGCUGCAGGUAAAAGAAAAGAAAAGAAAGAACCAAAAGAAAAGAAAAGCUAUGCUCAAACGCUGAAGCAGAACAACGGGUAG